CUGAACGGCUCCUACGCAAAUCUUUCCGGUGGUACGCAGGGUGAGGGCAUGGAAGAUAUGACUGGCGGUCUCUCAGAAACCAUAGAUCUCACGAAGGUAACCGUUGACAUGAUUCAGAAGGAUAUCGCCAAGAACGAGAAGAGAUGCUGUCUGAUGGGCUGUUCGAUUGAUUCCAAAGAAGUUGAGGCCAAGUUAAACAACGGCUUAAUCGCUGGUCACGCUUACACUGUCACCGGAAUGGCUCCUGUGACUUAUCAGGGCAAAAAGGUGUGGUUGGUACGCGUCCGAAAUCCAUGGGGUAACAAUUAUGAGUGGAAGGGUGCAUGGGCCGACAAUUCUAGAGAAUGGGCCGGUGUGUCGGAGGCGGACAAAAAGCGCCUGGAUGUCACCUUUACGUCAGACGGUGAAUUUUGGUACGUCUCGUGA